AGUUCUACAUUCAAAAAAAUGUCCCCGUGAAGGGUAUUAUUUCGCUUUGAAGCUGGUAAUUCUACCAGCUGAAGAAUUCCAAGAAGGGGUCAACGUAAUUGCGCGAUGGAUGGAGUAUCACGUGGCUGAGUUUCCAAAUUUACUGGCUUUUUUGAACUACCUCCAAAACUGGGUAGACCGCCGGGAACAAGCCAGUGUGUUUGGAACAUUAAACACAACCAACAACUCAGUAGAAUCUUAUAAUAAACAAAUAAGAUUAACAUUGGGUUCUCCUAACACGUUUGUAAUGGAAUAUCUUCAAAAACUGCAAUCGGAAAUAACCAACGUUGGAAUCCAAGCCGGCAGAUAUACGAAAAUGAUGGAUUCCAACAAGGAAAUGAGAAAAUGUUCUGCAGCUAAGAGGGCAAUUGAAAAAGAUGCCAAAUACAAAAAUAUAAGCGAGGCUGAAAAGAAGUUGAUUGCAAAAAGAAUAACUGUAGCUGAAUUUCUCUUUGAAAUCUGUUCACCAGAAGAUAAAGAGGCAAUUAAAAAAGAAAGGCGAACAACAAAAGGUCAAAUAUCCGGUCAAUUGAAAUUCGAUAGUGUGGCUGCGGCAGUGGAUGCUUUUUCUGAUGAAUCAGACGAUGAAUAUACAGAUUAAUUCAGGAAUCGAACCAAUUUCAUACAUGGAAGUACAUGGAAAAAUGUACAAACUCAUCAGUAUUCCAGCAUCAAAACUCAUCAAGAAAAAUUAAAUCUUUAAUAAAUUUACGAUUGUAUUGUAUUUGAUAAAAAAAUUUAAAAAUUUCAA